CAGUAAGCGUCAUACCCACAGUGGGCGGGGCCGGGGUUGCUGGGAGGGGCCGAGUUCUCUCCCCGUCGGUGUAGCCACCGCCGCCACCACCAUGGCCGCCCCGGAGCCCGGCUACUCUCGCUCGUCCCUCGAGGAUGACUUCAACUACGGCACCAGCGUGUCUUCGGCCAGCGUCCACAUCCGAAUGGGUUUUCUGCGGAAAGUCUACAGUAUCGUUUUUCUCCAAGUUCUUUUAACUACUGUGACAUCAUCAAUUUUUAUGUACUUUGAUAACAUACAGAUAUUCAUAGCUAAAAGCCCUGCACUGAUGUUGGUGUCUCUCCUCGGAUCUUUGGGUUUGAUUCUGGCAUUGAUGUUCAACAGGCAUAAAUAUCCUAUUAACUUUUACCUGCUCUUUGGAUUUACACUUUUGGAAUCUUUGACUGUUGCUAUAGCUGUCACAUUCUAUGAUGUGUAUGUUGUUCUACAUGCUUUUAUGUUGACUACUGCAGUAUUUCUUGGUUUGACUCUAUACACUUUACAAUCCAAGAGAGAUUUCAGCAAACUUGGAGCAGGACUCUUCGCCUUUUUGUUUAUUUUGUUCUUGUCAGGAUUCUUGAGGUUCUUCUAUAAUAAUGAAUUAGUGGAGGUAAUCUUUUCUGCCAUGGGAGCCCUUCUGUUCUGUGGAUUCAUCAUUUAUGAUACUCAUCUACUGAUGCAUAAACUGUCCCCUGAAGAGUAUAUAUUGGCUGCCAUCAACCUCUACUUGGAUAUCAUCAAUCUGUUCCUGCACCUAUUGCGCUUAUUAGAAGCAUUUAAUAAAAAAUGAUUGAGAACAAUAAAAUGUUUGAUUAAAUAAUGAGGCUUGGAAUAUAGAUUGUUAAAAAUUGUUUUUAUCUCUAGUUACUCAGUAUUUGUGAGAUUGAAGCCUUAAUAUUUUUUUAUAUCUACCAGCUACCAGAUUUUUGAUUUCGAACUUAUGGAUAAUGUUUCAGAUUGUUCUCCAUUUGAUUUUGGAUUCUCCUUCAAAAUGUUUAAAUUUAAUAGCAUGUAACUAUAUUCUUUGUAAAGACUAUAAUUAGGUUUUGCACCCAAGGAAAUUCUUAAAAAUUUUUGUUACUUUUGAUUUCAAUAAUGAAACAUUAAAAAUCUUGUCUUAUUUUUUCUUUCUCUAAAUUUGCCAUAGGUUGGUAGUUUGAAAUUGAGAAUUGCUUCAUGAAUACAUAAUAUAAAAUUAAGGCUUUCUUUAUAGAGUGAUUUUAUUUUUUAUAUUUUUCCUUAAGUACUCUUCUCAAAGUUUUUAUUUGAUUUACACUAUAUUUUGAAGGCUUUAGUUCCAUUCAUCUUAAUCAGGAGGAGAAUAUUUAAUUGAACAUUUUGGAGCUGUGCAACUGAUACUUUCAUUAUUUAAUUGAACAUUUUGGAGCUGUGCAACUGAUAACUUUCAGAAUUAUUCAGUAUUGUAAUAAAACUGAUUUUAGAUCAUCCUUAAUGCAGUUUUACAUUCAGAUGUAUUAUAAGUAUUACAAAAUAUCUAUUUUAAGAUAAAAUAUAAAGUAUAAACAACAAAUAUUUAAAUGCUGUAUAGAUCUAACUUUAAUUUCAGAAUGUGCUCAUGUAUUUAGGAUGUGCAUAUGAUAUUAAACAACCUACAUUUCAAAAUGUAGGCAGAAAAAUGUA